AUGAAUAAAGCAAUUGCUAUUCGCCGUUUUUUUCCUUUCUUUACCCAUCACCCAAGUCUUGUUUAUCUAGACAGUGCGGCUACCAGUCUAAAACCAGAGAGCGUUAUUGAAGCAGUGCGGGAAUAUUAUGAAAAAUACUCUCUUAAUAGCCACAGUGGAGGCGGCGGUUUUUUAAGUCAAAAAAUUCAGCAUAAUAUUUUCCAAACCCGCCAGUUAAUCGCCCAAAAAAUUAAGGCCGACCCGGAUGAAAUUUUUUUUUUGCCUUCCACUACUUACGCGCUAAAUAUCUUGGCCUUGUCCGCUCGUGAUUAUUUAACUCCUGGUGAUAAAAUUUGCUUAACCCGUUUAGAGCACAGUUCUAAUUGUUUUCCUUGGGAAGCCUUGGUCCAAGAAAAGGACAGCCAAGUAAUUUUUUUGCCUUUAAAUAAAAAGUUUACCAUUGAUAUUGACAAGUUGGUAAGUUAUAUUGACAAAAAAACCAAAAUAGUCAGUUUUUUUCAUAUGAGUAAUAGCCUGGGAGUAAUUAAUCCCGUUAAAGAGAUUGCCGCCAAGAUUAAAGAGAUAAACCCGAAUUGCUGGGUGAUAAUUGAUGCUUGUCAAAUUGGCACUUUACCAUUAGCCCAAAUAUUCGGCUUAAAGGCGUCUUUUGAGUUUCUUAAUAGUUUAGACAUAAAAGAAAUAAAUAAUUAUGAGCGAGAAUUGAAAAAUUAUGCUUUGGGUAAAUUAAAAGAAUUAGAAAAAGUGAUUAUUUACAACCAAGAAUUAGAAACGGUAGAUAUUAUUCUUUUUAAUUUGAUCGGUCAUCACGCUCAUGACGUGAAAAAUUAUUUAGGUAAAAAUAGCAUUUUAGUGCGUGCGGAUAACUUUUGUUGUCCUUAUCUGCCUGAAUUGAUUGGUGAAGAAGCUGCUGUCCGAAUUUCUCUCUUUAUUUACAAUACCAAAGAGGAAAUUGAUAAAUUGGUUCACUGUCUAAAAAAAUUAGUGGAAAAUCCUGACCUAAUAAUAAAUGUUUUGGAUUUUUCUCAAUAA